ACUCUGAGCCGGUGGUGACUCUCCUCCUCAUAAGAAGCAGGAGUGAGUCCGGAUGCUCAGCACAUCCCGGAGAGCGAGCGGACUACAGAGGUGCUGCUGCUGCUGUGUUUCCAUCCUGUCCGCUGAAUGACUGAGCUGCUGUUCAACCCAUAAAAAACAACAGCAAAGGAAAACAACAACAACAACAACAAACAAACGCGGCAGGUGGUGUUUUGCUUUCCAGACGAUGGCUCUCUCCUGGAGUCUCCUCCUGGUGUUCCUGUCCGUCUCCCUCGUCCUCUCGCAGAGCUCUGAACUGGGACCACCUCAUGGCAAGAGGAGAGCGGCUCAGACCUCAGGAGGAGGCAGCAACACGCUGCAGCACCCUCUGCAUCCUCUGCAGGGACACCGAUACAGCAGGGAACGCGGAGGGCAUGGGGGUCAGGGAGCCCGAGCUGCCAAAGGAGGAGCCGGGCUGCUCUCUCACAGACCCCCCCACCCUCUGGCCAGGCCUGAAGACGAUGGGACGGGCCUGGAGAGCCUGAGCCCUGUGAGACUGGAGAUGGGCCCGAGCAGAGACAGAGACAGAGUUCGAAUGAAUGUAAAGAGUCAGACCCAGACUCGGGAAAACGACCUGCUGGGGACGCGCAAAGAAAGAGGACACGGGAACGGGAAAGGACAUGGACACCAUUAUGAGCCCAGGAGACAAGGGGGGCGGCGUGAGAAGGGGCGGCAUGGAAAGGGGUUCCUUCCUGAGCCGGAGCUGAGUUCUGCGUACAGAGACAGAGAUCUGUUCGACGAUCCUUUCUCCUCCUUCUCCUCUGCCGCCUCCCCCUCCCUCAUCGUGACCCCGCCCAAUGAAACCCCUUCCCCCAUCGUCGGCGUCUUUGGCUCCGGCUCCUCCAUGGUUACCACGGUGAUGAACGAGCAUCCCCCAACGCUGCCCCCGGCCUCCACCAAACCCCAGAAGUCUGGACGAGGAAAAGGACAGGGAGAGGUGAUGCCAACGUUGGACAUGGCGCUCUUUGAUUGGACGGACUACGAGGACAUGAAACCCGCAGACACCUGGCCGUCAUCCAGGAAGAAAGAUAAGAGGCGGAGUAAAAACCUCAGCAGUGGAAAUGUGACUAUAGACGCCGACGCCAUCGAGCCGUGUGACCAUCACCUGGACUGUCUGCCAGGUUCUUGUUGUGACCUGAGACAACACGAGUGUAAACCUCACAACAGAGGCCUCAACAACAAAUGUUACGAUGACUGCAUGUGUGAGGAAGGGUUUCGCUGUUACGCUAAAUUCCACCGGAAGCGGCGCGUGACCAGGAGGAGGGGUCGCUGCGUGGUGCCGGAGUCGGUCAGCAGUGACCAGGGAGGCUUCAUCACGAUCUGAGGAAGAGGAGGACACAGGGAGGAGCUUUAAAGGAGGAGGAAGUGGAUUAAAGACGUCAGAGAAGAUAGUUCAGCCAUGACAUCACAUGAUACUGUUACGUGCUGAAAGGUGACGGCUCACUGGUUUGUCAGUUUUAAAAUGUGAUUCGAGAUACGUUUUAAUAAAACUUCAGAUUAAUGGAUAUCCUGUUAGAAUGUUUCAACACGGGCUCGAGACACGAGUCGUUACUUCCAACUCAAAGAAUCACAGUCUUUAAAGCUGGCUACACACUAGACGAUUUUCUAAUCUCCAAUUUAGUUCUGGUUUGUGUGUGCCCAUGUACAGGGGCUUAGUCCUCCAAGCGGGCGACCCGACCUGAGGCUCCUUUCCUGCAUGUCAUUCCCAACUCUCUCUCCUGUCCUGACUAGAAAUAAAGGCAUACAAAAGCCAAAAAAUAACAACCUUUUGAAAAAACAGAAAAUGAGAAAAACAAUAUGGAUGAAAUCCUGGCUGAGAAGACGGAUUAUGUGCAUUUUUUUUAUUCAAUUUGCAGCACGAGCUGAGGGUGAGUUGACAGAGUACGCUUCCAAGUCUGCUCGCUCUCAUUGGCUGCUGUGAGGACCUGGCAUCGUAAGUAUCAAACAUAUUUGAUAUUUAUGAUUCCAGAUUUGGACAAAACAUUAUGUAUAGGACAAGCCUCGAAUCAGGCCACGCCCCCCCAGAUCAUUUUGGGGGCAAAUCGGGCCUAAAAUCGUCUAUUAUGUGGUCAACUUUACAAGUUAAAAUGCGUACAUCAGUUUUAAUUCAGAUCUCUUUUACUCCAGCUUCACAUGCAGCACAAAGAAAACCUGAAGAGAGACUUUAUCAAAGUUUACGAGGUCACCAUGGAAACGUUUCUAGAAAAUGUCUUAUUAUUUAUUUUAAACUUGGCAUUAAGGAUACGCACGGCUGGCAGCAUUUUCCCCCGUCUCUCACAGUUUUCCUCCAUCUGAAUGUCUCUCUGUCCUGCCUCUCUCAAAGUCAGACAAUGUUUACAAGUCAUCAUUUUUAAGUAUCAGAUUCCUCUUCUUGGAUUCCCAAAUGGGAGGCUUUGACCGCUUCAGGAUGAUAUCGAGGAAGCACAAAAGAAAAUGACUCUCAGCUUGUUUCUGUAAACCUGUUUGAACGCAGUCUGCUGUCCUGUCCUGUAAAUAUGAAUGUUGUUGACCCCCCCCCCCCAACUCGACUUCUCUUCAAAUGUACGUUAAGAGUAGAAUGAUAAACAAAGAUGCUUGUUUGACCUUCUUUUUACACGUCUUAUUAAUAUAUGUUUUAUUUAUACUCGACCUAAUCAUCUCGAAUUGUGUUUUUCAGUAUUUUUGUUUGUUUGUUUCAUGAUUAAAAACUUACUAGGAUAAACAU